AUGCCUUCACGUUCAAAAAAACUUCUUUCACCAAUACCUGUUAUACCAAAUGAUGAUAAAAAUCUAACUGAAUUAAUAAGACAAAGUCAAACAAUAUUUUCUUCAUCAAAUAAAAAUGAUAUUCAAUUAUUAUCUGAAAAAUUAAUUAAUAUAUUAAUUCUAUCAUCAUCAACUGAUCCACCAAAUACAUCUUUAAGAAAAUGUGUUGUCAAAGGUUUUUCACAUUUAGCUGAAUGUCAAUAUGAAAAUGUUGUUGAUAAAUGUACAAAACAUUUAGAAGAAUUUUUUAAAAGACAAGGAAAAGAACAUAGAAUUGAAUAUAUAUCUAUGUUAAAUUAUCUUAUUGAAAAUUUUCCAUUUGGUUUAGUUUGUGUUUUGAAAAUAAAAGAUACAAUUUCUAAUCAAUUAAUUACUAUUGGUCAAGAACUUUGGUUUGAUAUACAAUCAACAAAUGUUCCACAUCAUCGAUUUAAUCUUUUUCAACAACUUCAAUAUUAUUUAAAAGUUGUUGUUUUUCUUUUACCCAAAGUUCAUGAUCAACUUGAACGAGAUGAAAUUCUACCUCGAAUUAUUCAUCAAAUGUUAAAUGAUGAAAAUACAGUAACAUUAGAAAUUCGUUUAACAUGUUCAUUAGUUUGGCAUCUUUUAAAAGAAAAUGAACAAUUAUCACCAAAUGAGAAACUUAAUAAAAUGAAAAAAGUAACUUGUGUAAUUAUGUCUCGAUUAUCAUUAUAUUUUGGUUUAAUAAAAACAACAAUGACAAAUAAAUUACUUGAUACUAAUUUUUUUGUUCAAUUAUUAGAAGAAGUUCUUGCCUUUAAAACACGUGAUGCAACAAUUAUGGUUGGAGUAUCAAAAGCAUUAGAAACUUAUUCUGAAGCUCUAACUUCUUCAUGGCGUAAUCUUCAUACAGAAUCAUUAAAAAAUAUCAUUGAAAAAUUAUUAACUUUUGCUUGGGAUCAUUUUAGUUACAAUGUUGAAACUGUUCGACAUUGUUCAGCAAAUAUAUAUUCAAAUAGUUUCAAAAUAAGCAUGAAUCAUUGUGAUAUUCGUCAAUCAAUAAUUGAUUCUCAAUUAACAUUAUUAAAACAACUUCCAUGGCAAAAAGAUGGUUGUUCAUUAGCAUAUCAUACACUUAUUGAAUAUUUAUCUGUAACUGAUAUUAUUAAAUGGAAUACAAAAUUAGCUGAAUCAUGUCUUAUGGCUAUGAAUGAUCGAGGAUUAGCAUCAGAAGCAAGUUAUCUUUAUUGUGUUUUAUGUCAUAAACAUCGAGAAGAAGAAAAAUCAAUCGAUAAAUGGAAACAAAUUUGGUUAAAACCAGUUGUUGAUGCACUUGAUACAUCAACACCAUUACAUAGAUUUCUUAUUGCUGAAUAUAUAUUACCAAAAAUUCUAAAAGGUCAUCCAGAAUAUUUACAAGAAUUAAAAGAACUGACAAUUAAUCCUCGAACAUUAAUUGUUUGUACACGUAUUGGUCGAACAUUAGGUUUAUGUCCAAAUAUAUUUUCAUCUAAUCGAUUUAUUGAAGAUGAUUUAAUUCGUCAAGGAAUAACAAGUGAAGAUGAACAAAUUUGUCUUGAUUGUUUAUUUAUUCUUUGUGAAAAUCCAAAAACAACAGAAUAUAUAAGUCAAAUUGAAUUUAAAUUAAUUAAAUAUUUUCUUCAAAUGAAUAUUGAUAAUGGUUCAACAUCAUUUAGAAAUCAAGUUUUAUCUUUAAUUAAAAAACAUUUUAUUCGCAUAAAAGAUAGUUGGUUAUAUUGUGCAAGACAAAAAUUAAAAAAAACUGAUCAAGAUUUUGAUGAUUUAACAGAACGAUAUAGAAAUUAUUUGAAAUGGUUAAUAAAUUGGUCUUGUUCAAAUUUAUAUUUGGAAGGAUCUUAUGCUCAACGUCAUUUAUCUAUUUUAAUUCUUCAUUGGUUAAUUUAUUUACAUGGAAAUCAAGGAAUAGAAACUGUUUGUCGUAAGUUUAUUAUUUAUUUUAUUAAUAUAUAA